GUUCUUUCCUCUGCCCCCCACCCUUGAUCCCGGAGAAGAGGAAGAAGAGGCCACAGCUAGCUUGCCCGAGGAAGGAGAUGGAGGCGAAGAAGUUGAGGGUGGCCGGCGCCAUGGCCGCGCUGUGCGUGCUCCUGCUCCUCGUGGAGCUGCAGCAGGUGGCUGCCAUGUCCGACUCCGAGUACUGCAAGUGCUAUAGAGACUGCUACGCCGAGUGCAGGCACGACGCGCCGCGCUGGCUCUGCCUCCCAUCCUGCGUCAACUACUGCAGCUCCAGCCCCGGCACCAGCCAGGCCGCAGUCGGUGAUGACGGCGGCGCCACAUGCCGGAUGGCCUGCAAGCUGAGCCUGAGCGUCUGUGGCUGGGCGGCGGAGCCAGACGAUGCAGCUGACGCCGCGAUCUGCAUGCAAAACUGCAACAGGAAAUGGAGCCAGAAGGCCAAUUGACUUCCAAGAGCUGCUCCGUUCUAGGAGAAGAGAAAAGAAUUGAAGAGCUAGCUUCUCGAUCAUGGGAUCUUAUAUAAUCGAUGUUCAACGGCUGUGAUUGUACUUAGCAGCAACCAAUAAAAUGAGUAUCCCUUGCUGCCA